AUGGGCACGGUACAACUCCUGAAGGGAAACGUCCAAAAUCUUUCCUCCGACCAAGAUGAUCAUCAAACAAAAAUCCCUUCUCCCAGGCCCCCUCACGUGCUGAUGUCAGUGGACGGAGAAACCUCGCCGACCGUGGCUCUAGAGAGAGAAUUGGAGGAGGGAGAGGAAGACGACGAGGGUGUAAUGCUGAAAAGGCGAGAAAGAGACGAUGACGGCAUAAACAGCUGCAACGCCGCCCCGUCGCCGUCGCUGUGGUGUCGGAAAAUGGUCGUGGAGGAGGUGGCGAGGGUGCUGACCGGCGGGGAUCUGAAAGCAAGGAUCGAGGCUGCGAGGGACGUGAGGAGGCUCGUGAGGAAGUCCACCAGCGUUAAUGCCAAAUCAGCCGUCCGCUGCCGGUUCGCUGCAGCCGGAGUUAUCGAGCCGCUCGUUUCGAUGCUCCACGUCUCGUUUCCCCUCGCCGCCCGCGAGGCGGCGCUGCUCGCGCUUCUCAAUCUGGCUGCUCGCAAUCAGAGAAACAAGAUCAGGAUCGUGACAACUGGCGCAGUCCCACCCCUCCUCGACCUCCUCAAGCACCAAACCGACAACAUGCGGGAAUUAUCCACCGCCGCAAUCCUAUCACUAUCGUCUGCACCACCCAACAAGCCCACCAUAACAGCUUCUGGGGCCCAUGUUCAAUUGGUCCAGAUCCUGUGCACGGGCAGCGUUCAGGGACGGGUCGAUGCAGUCACGGCCCUCUACAACCUCUCCACCUCCGAGGACGAACUCAAACCGAACCUCGAUCCAAGGGCCGUGCCCCCACUAAUCGACCUCUUGAAAGAAUGCAAAAAAUACUCCAAAUUCGCCGAGAAGGCGAGUUUCCUCUUGGAGAUAUUCUCGGGCUCUGAAGAGGGCCGAAAUGCGAUUACUGAAUCGGAAGGUGGGAUUUUAACCUUGGUGGAGACUGUGGAAGACGGGUCCUCAUUCAGCAUGUUGUAUGCUGUGGGGGCAUUAUUGUCAUUGUGUAGGAGCUCACGGGACAAGUAUCGGGAGCUUAUUCUCAACGAGGGUGCUAUCCCGGGCCUUUUGCGCUUGACAGCCGAGGGUACCCCAACCGCCCAGGACCGGGCUCGGACAUUAUUGGAUUUGCUCAGGGAUUCGCCUCCUGAGAAGAGAAUGACCAUGUUGGAACUCGAGAGGAUUGUGUACGAUUUUGCUGCGCAUAUUGACGGGAAGGGCAAGGGCGUGGAGACUGCUAAGAGAUUGUUGCAUGAUAUGGCUCAGAAGAGUGCGGAGGCUGGGUUGAGCCGAGUGAAGAUCAAAACUUUGUCUUGA